GUUACGUACAGGAGGACAUAAUUAUAAGGUGUCUGAGAAUGCAGAAACCAGUUAUUGUAGCAACAAACAUGCUGGAGAGCAUGAUUAAUCAUCCUACGCCAACAAGGGCAGAAGUCUCUGACAUUGCAAUUGCAGUACGGGAAGGUGCUGAUGCGGUCAUGCUUUCUGGAGAAACUGCCCACGGAAAAUAUCCAUUGAAAGCUGUCAAAGUAAUGCAUACUGUGGCAUUGAGGACUGAGUUAAGUCUACCAAUUAGCACUGCUCCUCCAAAUCUAUUGAGUACAUAUAAGCGCUGGAAAUCGAAGCUUUUCAUCUAAUGCUCCACUGAUUGAGAUCUCUGAUGCUCAGAUAUUGUCGUUCCAGAUGUGAGUCU